AUGUGGAAGCAGACGGUCGGCGACUGGCAGGAGCGACGGCAGCGGCGCCGCGGCGAGCCAACCCUAGACUCUCCUCAAGCUAACCUGCCCGACUCCGUCGAUGCCACGGAGAGCAUCUUGCGAGGCUUUCUGCCGCGCGAGUUUCAUGAUCACGUGCCCGAGCCCCUGUGCCCGGCGUCCGAUGGGCCCGAGACUCGCCCACAGCCGCCACGGUACACACCACUGGAGCAGCAGACAUUGGGCUGCUUCAUUGCCUCGACCUGGACUGUAGUGAGUGGGGUGCAAGCUGAUGACAUCCUCGAUGUGCGCGACUACUUUGAUGCCUACGUCGGGCGCACCGUGGCACAUUACCUGUCGCUCGCCAUAACCACGCGGUCAGAGGUGUACAUUCAGUUUGCAUCUCCGCUGCAAGCGGCCCAAGCGGUGCGCACCUCGUCGUACAGUUUCAACGUGGAGAACGGGACGGCCGCGGAGGGCCUACGCUCUUUUUCAGCGGCUAAUGGUAUGCCAGAGAGGCCGCCACGCAGUCUUGAGCUGAUGGUGGGCUGGUGUAGGGAUCAGGUUUUUCUUGAGUGGCGUGAGCGUCUACGGCGCCGGAUGUUAGAGGCGCGGCCACGGUGCCCGCGUGGUGCAGCUUUGGAGCCAGCGUCGUCGACGGCGAAGGUAACGCACACGAGCGAGUUGUUGAGCCCACCCUCGUCUGCGUCGCCGUCGCUCGAGUCCUCCGCUCGAGGUUCUGAUGUGGCCGCGGCCACCGGUGGCAACGAUGAAGACGCAGCUGCGCAUCCGCUACUGCCCCGCCAUCGCAUGCGGCCAUCAAGUUCCCCAUCUGCCAGUCAUCCCUCUACAGCAGGCGAGACGUCGCCAUCGCGCUUUUCAGCGACUGUCUCUGCGCGGACGGGUGACACGGUGUCGGGUAACUUAGCAGCCUCGGCGCACCCGCUGUGGUGGGACUCGAAGGACUACCACCAGUACAAUCGGGCUUACCACUGCGAAAACAACAUCUUUCCAGACGACCUCUACGGUAGCUUCAACGGUGCUGGCAGGCAGCACGCAACGCUGCUCAGUCUUUUCUUUCACCCGUGCUCGUCCUCGCCCAGAGCGCGGUGGACGCGUUUUCUCUACUACCCUCUCCGAUUCGUGGUGCUCCUGCUAUGGACCGUGUGGAAUAUGCUGGCGCAGCUCCUACCAUCGUCGUCGGUAGUCUUCUUUAAGGGCAGACAGGCAAGCCGGCGCCAACCCGAGGCCGCGCCUCGUGGAGUCGCCACUGCCGUAGCCACGCAACCGCCCUCCCCUCCCACGGCAGUCCCACAGACGUCACGGUGGAGGCUGCGGCGAUCGCUGCGUGCUGCUGACGUGGUGCCAGCCUCCGCGUCACCGUUCGAAUUCAUCUCCUUUCUCCUGUACAAGUACAUCCCGUUUGCACCAGAGCCGCAGGAAGUCGAUGUAGCACUGUGGAGUUGGCUCGUUCUGCAUAGUCCAUACCCGCAGCAAAAUCUUCGACUGCUGAAGCAGAGUUUACUGGUACGGCAGCAGGCCGUGAGCACCAUGACGGGACGGCUUCACGCAGGUGGUGGCCUCGACGUCGCCGCAGCAGACACGACGCACUGGACACGAUUUGAGAAGGUAGACGGUAUCGGUAGGGAGCGGCUCACUGGGUGGGAGGCGCAGGAGCCGGUGAAGCGUUGUCAAGAGUUACCGGUGCUGCUGGUGUGGAGGCCUGCAUGGUGGUUCGCGCGCUACUCCUCCCUCUCUCUUUUCAUGUUGGUUGUGCUAGUCUACUGGUACUCCUAG